UGUUAAUGUAAACAGUGAAUGUAUUCGUGGCUGGUCAGUAAGAGUUCAGAAGACUCAAGAUCAAUUUUCUCCAUAUACUAUGUGGGGAGAAUAAAUUGUUAAAGAAGAAAGAAGAAGUAUUUGUUUAAAUUUUAAAAUGCCACCGAAAAAAUCGUCUAAUGGUUAUAAAUUUUGUGAACCUCUACCAAAAGGUGAAAUUUUAACUGACAAAAGUAAUAAAAAAUGGAAACUUGGUAUAUCUAUUGGAAAAGGAGGCUUUGGAGAAAUUUAUUCUGCAAAACCAUUCGAAACAAGUAGUAAGGAGUAUCAAAAUGUUAUAAAAAUUGAACCACAUACAAAUGGGCCAUUGUUUGUUGAAAUGCAUUUUUAUAUAAGGAAUUGUAAACCAGAAGAAAUACAGGACUUCAUAAAUAAAAAAAAAAUAAAAACUUUUGGAAUGCCAUUAUUUUUUGGUUCAGGAUCUCAUGAUUACAAAGGAGAAAAAUACAGAUUUCUUGUGUUAGAAAAAUAUGGUACUGAUUUAUGGAAGCUUUUUUUAGGAAAUAAUAAACAGUUUCCAGAAGUAACUGUUUUCCAAAUAGCAAUUCAGAUUUUGGAUAUUCUGGAAUAUAUACAUAGUCGCGGUUAUGUCCAUGCAGAUAUAAAAGGAGCAAAUAUUUUACUUGGAAUUACAAAAGAAACUAAAAACAAACAAGUGUACUUACUUGAUUUUGGCUUGGCAACAAAAUUUUCUACUGAAAAAGAAUUUAAACCCAAUCCGAAGAGGGCUCAUGAUGGUACAAUAGAAUAUUUAAGUAGAGAUGCCCAUCAAGGAGUACAAACAAGAAGAGGUGAUUUGGAAAUAUUAUUUUACAAUAUGAUUCAAUGGCUAGGUUGUACUUUACCAUGGGAAGGGAAGGUUAGUAACCCAAAAACUGUAAAUGAAAGUAAGGAAAGUCAUAUGGAUUCAUUUCAAAAGAUAAGUAAAGCAUGCUUUGGCUCCAACAAUUGUCCAGAUGUUUUAUUAUCAUAUUUUAAGUAUUUAAAGACCUUACAAUUUAACACGGAACCAGAUUAUGAAAAGAUUAAGAAAAUACUUUUAAAGGGUAUAAAAGAUGCAGGGGGCGUAUUAAACCAGGAACUUGUCUUUUCUAACAAAAAGCCAGAUAAAUUAGUGUCCAAUCAAAAAUCUACACCAAAAAAAAGAAAACAGAGCGAAAAUGAGGCCACAACUAAAAAAGGACAAAAACCUAAAGCAGACAGUGAAUCAACAAUGCCUACAAAAAGUAGUCCCAAAAAGUUAAAAAGUAAUUCCAAAGAAAUUGAAAAAAAUACUGCUAAUGAAGCAUUAGCUGGUUAUACUGAUGCAAUGAGAGAAGUAUUAAGAAAAAAAAAAGAAAAUGACCAAGCAAAAAAAACGAAAAAGUCUAGAAGAGCCACUGUCGAUAUCCCCAUUAGUUCUGAAGAUAUGGAAGACUUGGGUAUUAAAAAAAUAAAUACGAAACGCAUGAAGACUGUCCUAGACACCGCCACAAUCAUGGAACCUAAAAGAAGCAAAAGGUUGUUUGGAAAAAAUUCUAGAAGUUACAAUGACAAUGCUUCAGAUACUGAAAUAUGAAUUUUGAUGUCAUUAAAAAAUCAAUAAAAAAAUAGCGAUUAAGUUUAAUUAAUUAAUUAAUGUAAUACUAUGGUUAUUUUGUACACAUUUUCUCAUUUAUUUAUUUAUACUAUGACCAAAAAAAAUGUAUAGC